AUGUAUCGGGCGGUUGGCUGCUUGCUGCUCCUGCUGCUGCUUGCUGCUCGCACCACCACCCAGCGGCCAUGGGCGAGCGGCCAGCGACGGAGGCUGCUGGCCGGCGUGUUGACGGAGGCGCGUCGAGGCCCGGCCGCUAUCAGCAGCCCGACAGCAGGGCCGGAGAGUCGUGGGGGCGGCGAGGCCUGGCUGGGCAGUGACUGUGGUCAGGCUGUGGUCAAACAGCGACCGUUCGCAAUCUGCCACUCAGCCGUUGGGGGACGGUGGACGGUGGACGGUGCUCGUCUCAGAAGCAACAAGCGAGUCGAGCGUCUGCGUCCCUCGUUGCGUGCGUGCACGCCCCCCGUUCUCAAGCGAGCCCGGUGCCAGUGCCGUCCAGACGUGAUGUCAUUGUUUUUUCUGCUGCGCCGUUUUUUCCCAUGCCCUCGAACGGCGCUUUGGAGCCGUGGCGGUGCCUGGAUGAUCGGACGGGCAUGGGAGCCGCCCUCGCACCUCGCCCGCGCUCGCGUGAAAAAAUAUCCCUUCCCCCUCCCUCCGCGACACGCAGCAGGCAGGCAGCGUGAGGAUCGCCGGUGCCGCUUGCCGCCUGCAAAAAAAGGCGGUCGGCCCACGGCCAAUCAGCGCCCGCCCCAGCAAGCGACGGGCUGGCAUGCCAUCCCAGCCGCAGUUCUCCCAACCCCUGCGCCUGAUAUCUCGUCUCGUCUGCGUCCUGGCCAGCGCGUGCUCUGCUCUGCUCUGCUGUUGCUAUCAUUACACUGCCCGCCCGCCCUGGCCGUCUGGCGCUCCAUGGGCCCAUCCCGCAACCUUGCCUCUGCCCUGCCCCUUCUCGCCAGCCCGCCAUGUCAUAGGGCAAAGAGAGAGCAGCCUCUUGUCGGCGUCCUGCUUGCGGGGAUCUCGCAGUGCGUCUCCCUACGGCAGCUUAUCCACCUGCUCGAAGCCUUGGUCGCAGAGCCAGCAUGUUGCCAGCCUCGUGCCAUUGGCUGUGUCCGGCACCGACACACAAGCCCUUCACGGCUUCCCCGCAUUUUGCCCUCUAGCCUGGCCACCGCCGUGCAUGUUGCUCCUGCUACCGUGAGUCUACAAGACGCAUGGCCUGCAAAGGCACUGCCCUGGCGCCCAAAGUGGCCGAGCCGAUGUCCUGCCAUAGCCCUCGGCCAGCCCUCGCUCGUUGCUAUUGCCCGCAUCCCUCGUCCCACGGUUCCUUGA